AUGGAUGACAAAUCAGCUUCAGAAACGAUCGAGCAAGACAUGGAGCUCGAACCCCAAGCAGCCGAUCCAUCUGAGCCGGCGCUAACUGAUUCGACGACAGCCACUUCUGAAAACGGCUGCGGCUCGAAGCGGGACAGGGAGGAAGAAGAGGAGGAAGAUAAUGGAGAGAAGAAACUGAAGUUUGACGAGAAGUCCGUCGAAGAACAACGUCUGGAGAAUUUGGAAGACGGUGAAGCAGAAACGGAGGAGUCGGGUCCGGUCAGUUUGGGUCCAAAGGUAUUUGAAUCGUCCAAGGAGAUGUUUGAUUACUUUUACAAGUUACUGCAUACUUGGCCUCCGAGCAUCAAUGUGAAUAAGUAUGAGCACACUAUGUUACUGGAGUUGCUCAAGAAAGGUCAUUUGGAGCCAGAGAAAAAGAUAGGCAACGGGAUUCAAGCUUUCCAAGUUCGUUUCCAUCCUCAGUUUAGAAGUCGUUGCUUCUUCCUGAUAAGGGAUGAUGAAUCAGUCGAUGAUUUCAGCUUCAGAAAGUGCGUGGAUCACAUACUUCCCUUGCCAGAAAACAUGCAAACAAAACAUGAUGUCAAUAAGGCACUGGGUGGAGGUGGAAGAGGAGGCCGUGGCCGUGGUCGUGGUCGAGGCCGAGGCCGUGGUAGAGCAGGAAGGUGGAGAAAUUGA